GAAUUAUAAUUGAAAUGUCGCCUUUGAGUAAAACAAGAACAUUACGACGAGUUUUAUACGGUUGUAGAUUGCCGGUAUUAGCCUCGUCAUCAAAUAAUAAAUUCCGCCCCUUUUGUUAUUCAUACUCAGUUAGUCACAAAGCAGAGCCGAAGAAAAUGGCAGCUGAGAGGGUAUUGCCUCAGAUAUUUCAGUACGUCGAUCAGAAUGUAGAAUCUUAUAAAAAUCUUCUAAAAGAAGCAGUUGCAAUUCCGUCGGUUUCGAGUGACGCUAAACAUCGCGAUGACUGUGUCCGUAUGGUAGAGUGGAUGAAGGAGAAAUUGAAAGAGGUUGGCGCGUCAACGGAGCUUAGGGAUAUUGGCUUUCAAACACUUGAGGGUAAACAAGUGAAACUACCCCCUGUUCUUGUCGGUGCCUUGGGAAAUGAUUCCAAAAAAAACACAAUCUGUAUAUAUGGCCAUUUAGAUGUCCAGCCAGCUCUGAAGUCCGAUGGAUGGGAUUCUGAGCCUUUCGAAUUAGUGGAGAGAGAUGGAAAGUUAUUUGGAAGAGGAUCAACAGAUGACAAGGGACCAGUGUUGGGUUGGCUGCAUGCUAUAAAUGCUUAUAAAAAUGUUGGUUCUGAGUUGCCAGUAAAUUUGAAGUUUGUAUUUGAAUGCAUGGAGGAGUCCAGCUCACAAGGACUUGAUGAGUUGCUAUUGGAGAAAUUAAAGCCCGAAGGUUUCUUCGAUACAGUAGACUAUGUGUGCAUUUCUGAUAACUACUGGCUGGGCACCACUAAACCCUGUAUCACAUAUGGCUUGAGAGGAAUUAGCUAUUACUUUUUGGAAAUUGAGUGUGCCAAAAUGGAUCUACACAGUGGAGUUUUUGGUGGAACUGUGUAUGAAGCAAUGUCAGAUUUAAUAUACCUUAUGAAUACUCUGAUCGACAAAGACGGCAAGAUUCUCAUAACAGAUAUAUAUAAGUCGGUUGCUCCGUUGCUAGAGACUGAAAAGGAACUUUACCAUACAAUUGAUUUUGACCCUGAGGCAUACAGAAAAUCGAUAGACGCCUAUAAGCUACCUCACAAUGCAGUUAAGGAGCAACUGUUAAUGCACCGCUGGAGGUAUCCGAGUCUGUCCCUCCAUGGCAUUGAAGGUGCCCACUUUCAAACGGGAGCGAAGACUGUUAUUCCCGGAAAAGUGGUCGGUAAAUUCUCUAUCCGCAUAGUGCCAAACCAGGAGCCAGAAGAGGUCGAAAAAUUAGUGUUUGACUACAUUAAUGCAAAGUGGGCUGAGCGUGGAUCUCCUAACAAGAUGAGCAUCUCAGCGCAAAGCGGACGUGCCUGGACUGAAGAUCCUGACCACCCUCAUUAUCAGGCCGCCGCCAGGGCCACAAAGCUCAUUUACCAGACUGACCCGGACAUGUCUCGCGAAGGCGGUUCGAUUCCCGUAACGAUCACCCUGCAAGAGGCCAGCGGGCGUAAUGUUCUGCUGUUACCGAUGGGCGCCGGAGACGAUAUGGCUCACUCUCAGAACGAGAAGCUCAACGUGCGCAACUAUAUCGAGGGGAUCAAACUGUUCGCUGCUUAUUUGUAUGAAGUUGGAAAACUGCCAAAACAAUAGUUGCAAAUGGGAUAUUUACGAAUUAUCGGCGUUAAUAGUUGAAACUAUUUUAACAAUAAAACUAUAAAUAUUAAACGUAAAUAUUGCGUUCAUUUUACAUGUAUUGCAAUAACUGUUCUUUAUUAUUUAACGUGUCAGGGUUUCUUUUACAUACCAUGGAAUGUUACGAGUCAACACAGAAUGUAGUUAAAACAUGUUAACAUUCCUCAAUAAGUACAAUUUAUACCUAAACAUUUUUUGUAACGACUUCGAUAAAAUAAUAUUUGUUAAUAAUAAUAGUGCCUUAAAGGAACAAAGCAUAAUAAGUUAAAGUACUAUUCUUAGCUUUAAAAUGCGCCUAACUAUUGUGAAUUAUAAAUAAUAUGUGUUUAAGAGGUCUUGUCUAUGAAACGUCUAUUUGUUUUGAUUUACUUGCAUACUUUUAAUUAUUAUUUUACUUUUCUUAGUUGUACUUGGUAUUUUAUUUUAUU